AUGGAACCAUCUAAAUCAUAUAGAUCAUUAGCGAAGCAUGAUCUUCCGCAAUUCUAUCUUUUAGUUGCAUUAUAUUUUGUCCAAGGUAUACCUGUUGGAUUAGCCUUUGGAACCAUCCCAUUCCUUUUAAAGUCAAUGGUCAAGGAAACAUCUUUCACAUCAUUAGGUGUUUUUUCUAUUGCUACGUAUCCAUAUUCUUUGAAGAUCCUAUGGUCUCCCAUUAUUGAUUCUCUCUAUAGCAAGAAGAUAGGACGUCGGAGGUCUUGGAUCAUUCCCAUUCAAUUAGCAAGCGGUCUCAUGCUUUACAUUCUGGGGCAUUGUAUAAGUAAAGGCUACAUUUUCAGUGGUGUUGACGCAGCGUUCCAUCCGGAGCAGACUGUAGAAAGUAUGCGUACGGUCAAGAUCUCAACUUUAACCUGGUAUUUUGGAUCUUUAGUCUUCCUUUGUGCCACUCAAGAUAUUGCUGUAGAUGGCUGGGCAUUAACUAUAUUGUCAAAGAGAUCUUUAUCAUACGCUUCGACCGCACAGACAGUGGGGUUGAAUAUGGGUUAUUUUUUAUCAUUCACUGUUUUUUUAUCAUUAAAUUCAGGCGAAUUCGUUAAUAAAUACUUCAGGAAGAUACCACAAAAGUUUGGUUGGAUUAGUCUUGGAGGUUAUAUGAAAUUUGCCGGGUUUGUUUACGUUAUAGUCACCAUUUAUGUUGGAUUCUGCACAACAGAAAAUCCGUUUAUUUCUAACAAGAAGACUGGGAUACUCCCUUACCAUAUUGAUACUUCGGAAGAUAUUCAUAUUGAAGAAAAGAAAGAUGAUGAUCUAUAUAUUGAAACGAACGGCGAUGAAGAAGACGGCUUUUCCGAUAGGACAAGGAGUUUAGGUUUCAUUUACAAGUGUUUUUUCAAAGUAUUGAAAUUAAAAUCAGUUAGAACAUUAACAUUUAUACAUUUGAUUUCAAAGAUAGCAUUCCAAUGUAAUGAAGGCGCAACAAAUUUGAAACUUUUAGAACAAGGAUUUAAGAGGGAAGACUUAGCUGUUACCGUGUUAAUCGAUGUGCCCUUUGAGAUAAUAUUCGGUUACUAUGUUGCGAAAUGGAGCUCAGAUUCAGAAAAUGAAAGACAUCACCACUCUGAUACAGAAGCUCACAAGAAUACCAAGAGUCCGGUUCGCUUCAGGAAGUGGAUCAAGUGGUUCGUCGGAGAUGCUGGUGUCUUAACUCCAUGGUUAUGGGGCUAUUUAGGUCGUCUCUUAUCAGCUAUUCUAGGUAGUUACGUCAUCCAUCAGUUUCCCAAAAAUGGCGAAUUAACGAAAGGAUAUUUCUUUUUGAUAAUCAUACAACAUUUAUUAGGUUCUUUCAUGGCGACCGUUCAAUUCGUAGGAAUAUCUGCAUUCCAUACCAGAAUUGCUGACCCUGUUCUUGGUGGGACUUAUAUGACAUUAUUGAAUACAUUGAGUAAUUUUGGUGGAACAUGGCCUAGAUUUUUCGUCAUGUCAAUGAUCAAUUAUUUUACGAUCUACGAAUGUGAACUGCCAAAUAGCGAAGAAAGAAAUUUAGUCUUUAAAGGUGGCAAUAUGGAGGUUUGUACUAAUGGCUUACAUGGAGAAGUUAAGAUCAUUCGAGAUGGUUACUAUGUGACAAAUGCCCUAUGUGUAGUACUUGGUGUGAUACUAUAUUUUUGUUAUUUAAAGAGGAAGGCGCAGCAGCUACAAACCCUACCCAUCAGUGCCUGGAGAUGUAAGACGUGA